GGUGCGGCCGUGACCCGUGGUCGCGCAACUCGCGACUGUCGGACGCGAACGGGGAGCUUACAUGUGACGUCAUCCUGGCAGAGCCACAAAGGGUCUCCGUCUCUUAUAAAAGCCUCCCCACGUCGCUGCUGGCCACCACACUUGUUCUGUCCACCACGAGCUUCCAGUACAUCACCCAACCAUGCAGGUGUUUUUCGAGUUGUCCCACACUGCGAUGGCCCAACGUGAAGUAACGAGUCAGGUGCGGCCGUGACCCGUGGUCGCGCAACUCGCGACUGUCGGACGCGAACGGGGAGCUUACAUGUGACGUCAUCCUGGCAGAGCCACAAAGGGUCUCCGUCUCUUAUAAAAGCCUCCCCACGUCGCUGCUGGCCACCACACUUGUUCUGUCCACCACGAGCUUCCAGUACAUCACCCAACCAUGCAGGCCCUACUGCUCUUCACUGUGGCGUCGCUAGCGGCGAUGGCAGCGAGUGAAGCACCCUCCACCAGCUACGGAGCGCCCUUCCGCCAGCCUCAGCGUCUCCAGACUCAGCCGCAGCAGCAGCCACAGGCAUUCGCCCAGUCACAGGCUCAGCCGGCAUUCGCGGCUCCACAGUCCUUCUCUGGAUUCUCUGCGGCCGUCUUCCGGCCGCAGUUCUUCAUUCCGCAGCAGGACUCGUCCCGUCUGACGGACGUCUACCGCCUGCCUAGCUUCACCACUGUCGCCCCCACCACGACUGAGGCUGCCACAACCACUACUGAGACCCCCACCACUACUGUGUCAGCUCCUUACAACUACGGGAACGCAGCACUCCGUGAGGCGGAGGAGAGCGGCGUGUACUACGUGCUGCAGCCAGACGGCCGCCUGCAGCGCAUCGCCUAUGCCCACGGCCCCGCCCCCGUCUCCGCCGCGCCCCAGCAGCAGCAGCGCGUCGCCUCCAGUGAACUGUCUGCCCUGCAGCAGCCAGCGCUCACCCCCGGCUACCUGGCGCGCUUCCAGUACCAGGACCUGCAUCCUGCCGGCGCUCCCAUCUACUCUUACAAACAACCUGAGCUUGUGCGCAUCAACUAGGUUACUUGUCUGUACCGAGAUCCCACGACAAACCAUUGCCAUCAGUAUCAUAAUUAUGAUGAUUAAACCACUUGGCAGCAAUGCACAAUGUUUUUAUAUGUUACAUCCUUGUUGUUUACUAUUGUAGGUCACGUAGAGGAUAAUAAAGUGAUUUUUCAUCA